AACAACCCGACUUGUUUUUCCUCCUCAGGGGAGCAAGGCGGGCCAGACCCUCAAAGCCCCGUGCAGACCCGGCUUCUCCCAGAACUUCUACACGGUCAUCGUCUCCAGAGACGCUCUACACGGCAAGAGCGUUCUCAAAGAUACCACCCUGUCCAGUGAACGUGUGAAGUUCGAGGAUUGCCAGCGCAGCAGGGAGGUGGGCUUCGUCAGCAGCGACCCCAACUUCAGCGUGCGGCCCGACGGGUCGGUGUACGCCGAGCAGGAGCUGGCCAACCUGUCAGAGCCCGUCCAGUUCAUGGUGACGGCCCGGGGGUUCCACGACGCGCACAUCUGGGAGACCACCGUUAAGCUGGCGCUGGCCGGACACCCUCACCCGAUAGCACUGACGAAGGGCGGCAUUGAAGAAAUGCUGUCAAGAGCCUGGGACUCCCAACCCAGAGUUAUCAAGUUCCCUCGAAAACAUCAGAGGGGCUCCUCCUCCAACGGGCUGAGGCGACAGAAGAGAGACUGGGUCAUCCCCCCUAUCAACGUGCCCGAAAACUCCCGAGGACCCUUCCCUCACAUGCUUGUCAGAAUCCGCUCCGAUCAGGACAAGGCCGCCGGCAUCCGCUACAGCAUCACGGGAGCCGGCGCUGACCAGCCGCCGAGCGGCAUCUACAACAUCGACCCCAUCAGCGGCAACAUGUUCGUCACCCAGCCCCUGGACCGGGAGGAGAGGGCCUCCUUCCAUCUGCGAGCUCAUGCAGUGGACAUGAACGGCAACCAAGUGGAGAAUCCAAUCGAUCUCUACAUCUACGUGAUCGACAUGAACGACAACAGGCCGGAGUUUCACAACCAGGUGUACAACGGCUCUGUGGCUGAAGGGUCCAAACCAGGCUCGUCUGUGAUGCAGGUGACGGCCACCGACUCGGAGGACUCCACCACGGCGAACGGCAUGGUGCGCUACCGCAUCCUGUCGCAGACGCCCCACAGCCCCAUCCCCAACAUGUUCACCAUCAACAGCGAGACCGGGGACAUAGUGACGGUGGCCGCCGGCCUGGACAGGGAGAAAGUGUCCCAGUAUACCAUCAUUGUCCAGGCCACUGACAUGGAGGGUAACCUGAACUUUGGCUUGUCCAACACAGCCACGGCCCUCAUCAGCAUCACCGACAUCAACGACAAUCCCCCAGAGCUGACAGUCAGAACGUUUUCCGGGGAGGUGCUGGAGAACAAGGUGAACGUGGUGGUGACCAACCUGACGGUGGUGGACAGGGAUCAGCCCCACAGCCCCAACUGGAACGCCGUGUACCGCAUCGUCAGCGGAGACCCUUCUGGACACUUCGCCAUCCGCACCAACCCCAUCACCAACGAGGGCAUGCUGACGGUGGUCAAGGCGGUGGACUUCGAGAUGAAUCGGGCCUUCAUGCUGACCGUGGUGGUCUCCAACCAGGCCCACCUGGCCAGUGGCAUCCAAUCCUCGCUGCAGUCCACGGCGGGCGUCACCAUCUCUGUCCAGGACGUGAACGAGCCGCCCGUCUUCCCCGUCAACCCCAAGAUGAUCCGCUUCGAGGAGGGCGUGCCCGCAGGGACCACGCUCACCGUGUUUGCUGCUCAGGACCCCGACCACUUCAUCCACCAGAUUGUCCGGUACUCCAAGCUGUCAGACCCAGCCAACUGGCUGAAGAUCAACAGGACCAACGGUCAGAUCACCACCAUGGCCGUGCUGGACCGGGAGUCCAUGUACGUCAGAAACAACGUGUACGAGGCCACGUUCCUGGCCUUCGACAAUGGUAAAUCCGGCUCGCCUCAAGCCAGCGGGACGGGAACCCUCCAGAUCUACCUGAUCGACGUGAACGACAACGCGCCGGUGCUGAUACCCAGGGAGUCCCAGGUGUGCGAGCGCGCGCGCCCCAACUCCCGGGUCAACAUCACGGCCUCAGACGCCGAUGCCGACCCCAACGUGGGGCCGUUUGUCUUCGAGCUGCCUUCUUUCCCCGCCAGCGUUCGCCGCAACUGGACCAUCUCCCGACUCAGCGGUGACUACGCUCAGCUGAGGCUGAGGAUCCCGUACCUGGAGGCCAGCGUGUACGAGAUCCCCGUCAUCGUGUCCGAUUCCGGGAACCCUCCUCUGUCCAACCGCUCCGUGAUCAGAGUCAAAGUCUGUCCUUGUGACGACAACGGAGACUGCAGCGCCACGGGGGCCGUGGCGGCCGCCGGCCUCGGCACCGGGGCCAUCAUCGCCAUACUCAUCUGCAUCAUCAUACUGCUGAGCAUGGUUCUGCUGUUUGUGGUGUGGAUGAAGCGCAGAGAGAAGGAGCGGCAGGCGAAGCCUCUGCUGAUCGACCCCGAGGACGACGUCAGAGACAACAUCCUCAAAUAUGACGAGGAGGGCGGAGGAGAGGAGGACCAGGACUACGACCUGAGCCAGCUGCAGCAGCCCGAGUCUUUGGACCACAUCAUCAGUAAGCCGGCGGGGGUCCGCAGGGUGGACGAGAGACCUGUGAUUGCUGAGUCACAGUACCCCGUCAGACCCAGUCUGCCCCACCCCGGAGAUAUAGGAGACUUCAUUAACGAUGGUCUGAGAGCAGCAGACAACGACCCCACGGCCCCCCCCUACGACUCCCUGCUGGUGUUCGACUACGAGGGCAGCGGUUCCACCGCUGGAUCCUUCAGCUUUUUGAACUCCACCAGCUCCGGGGACCAGGAUUAG